UUUUGUUCACAUCAUUCUGUGUGAGAUUUUUCUCGGAUAGAGCUUCUUCUACUUGCUGUGACUGAGUACCUUAAGUCCGUGUCUGUCGCAAAUGAUGUUCAUUAAAGCUUCCAGUUACUCGUCUGCCUAAGGCGAUUAGUUUGGUUUGUGGGCAGUGCCUGACAGAGGCUUCAGCUCCUUUCACUUGGAUUGAUACCAGAAGAAGCUAUUGGGCAUACACAUUCGGGGCAUUCUCCAAUACAGUCAAUGUUCUGGUUCAAGGACUUGAAACGUAAGACUUAGUACCUUGGUUUAACUGAUGGGUCGUAUCAGCCAGAUGACUGAACAUUCGCUCCCGCCCUUGUAGCAAAUGGAAGGACGAGAUGAGAAUACUUCAGCGACAGCGACAUCAGAAGCGGUGUAUUCGAACUGGAUGGCUGGUUCCAGUAAAUUCACGAUAAUGUCAGGCAUGAUCAGAACUGGACGGACGGCGAGCCGAAGGUGCGGAGCGGUGUCGUGCAGUUUAGGGGCUGAAGUUAGAAAUGGCCAGGCUCAUCUCGAGGCACGCGUUUGUAAGUAUCUGAAAAAAAAGUAUUCCCAAUCAUGCUAAAUCGAACUGAGGUGAAGGCAGCUGUGGAACAAAAUUAACAGAGGGCUGAAAAUUGCCAAAGGAAACCGUGGGCUCUAAUGAGGAGCGUGUACAUGGUCAUGUGCCUUCAUUGCCCUUCCAAGACGACUAUUAACUUGAAAUUCAUAUCUUAGAUGGGUCGGUGAUAGAAGA